AUGGCUCAACCACCGGAGCCUAAACGCUCGCAAUCUACGACAUCCCUAUCACGACUGUUUCACGGUACAGGUCAAAAUGGACACAUCAACGGAGAAGAAGAACUUAACGAUCCAAGGAUGGAUUUCUGCAAUUCUUUCUGGGGACAAGGUGAUAAAGGUUUCGAAGUCGUCAUGGCUAGAUUAAGAGGAGCGGGAAGAACGGUAGAUGAGUUGAAAGGGUAUUGGAAGGAAAGAGCAGCAAUAGAAGAAGAUUACGCUAAACGACUCACAAAGUUAUCUAAACAUUCAAUAGGUAAAGAUGAGAUUGGAGAUUUAUCAGAUGCUUUACAACAUUUAUUAAACGAAACUGCAUCUCAAGGUGCAUAUCACGCUUCUUUAGGAAAUGAAAUUCGCCAAACUGUGGAACAACCAACAGCUGAAUUAGCAGCUAGAUUGUCAAACCUGAAGAAGGGACUACAAACUAGUGUAGAGAAAGCGUAUAAGAAUAAAGGAUUACAAGAACAACACGUACAAAAGGCGAGAGACAAAUACGAAGAAGACUGCCUCAAACUGAAUUCUUAUACCGCUCAAUCCUCUUUGACUCAAGGAAAGGAAUUGGAUAAACUGCACAGUAAACUCGAAAGGGUUAGACAGACAAUAGGAGCCAAUGAACAAGAUUUCAGACAGCUAGUUAGAAUUUUGGAACAAACUCAAUCUAGAUGGGAAGGGGAAUGGAAAGGUUUUUGUGAUCACGUACAAGAUUUAGAAGAAGAUCGACUGGCUUUGACAAAGGAUCUGAUUUGGGUAUACGCUAAUGCGGUAUCACAAGUCUGCGUAGAGGACGAUAGUUCAUGCGAGAGAGUUAGAGAAAAGCUAGAACAGUUUGAACCUCAGAAUGAUAUGCUCAAUUUCGUCAGAGGUUGGGGUACUGGUGAUAUGAUACCAGAUCCACCUCGUUUUAUCAAUUAUAAUGCCGGAGAAUCUUAUCCGACUCAACCGACUUAUCACGUCUCACAUUUCCAACGUAUAUCCUCUCGACCGCCCAUGCCAUCUCAACAGGCUUCUUCGCAGCCCCAACCAGAUCAGCAACAAGCUGAGGAACCAUCUGAAGGUAUUCAGCCCAAUGGCCAUAACGAAAAAGCCAUCAAUGGCGUUUCAGAUCACCUUCAGAGGACCUCGUUGCAAGACGAGUCUCCUGCAGCUGCUCGUUCAGCGCCAGUUGCGGAACCGGAAAAAAAAGCACCCUUCGGUGGGAUCGCCCUUCCUGGCAUGGCUGCUGCUACGUCGCCGCCACCACCACCGCAAGAUGACUCCAGCAAAUUAAGCUCGAUGCCUCCUCCACCUGUCCCUCCGACCAUGACUAUGCCUGAGCCUCGAAUACCAUCCAGACAGAGCAAUCAUAGUCCAGCUCCUCGUAAUGUCAAUGAUCAAGAAGAUCCAAUGGCGAAAGCACUUGCUGACCUUCGACGAGAACCUCCCCCACCAGGGAGUGUUAGACGGAACGCUUCUCAUCGUCGACCUGAGUCGGUCGUUUCUGCGUCUGGUUCAGCACGAGGAAGCCAAUAUGGCCAUGGGAUCAAGUCACCAAGCUCGCCAGCACCAAAUAGGUCAUCGUACCAACAAAAUAUGGCUCAUGCUCCGUCUCGUGGUUCAGUUGACAUGACCUUGUCUCCACCUCAACCAGGCCAUACAGCAGCUGCAUUAGCUAGAUCAAUGGAGGACUUCAGACAACAAUCUUCUCGAGGACCUGAAUCUAAGAGACACUCUGUGAAUUAUUCAAAUUACGGUGAUGAUGUCGUUGGAGCUCAUCCAACUUCCCGACCUUCAUCACCUUCUGCUGCCCAACGAGCACCAUCACCAGCGAUGAUGCAACCACCACAACAACCUGCUACCCACAUCGCUGAUGAAGUGUUAUCUCAAUACCAUCAAGCAUUCCCGGGCGAGAGAAAAGAGAGAUCAAGAUCCAGAGCUGGAUCAGUGAUUUCAUCUCAUUCAAGAGCCGGUUCAUUCGUAGAUCAACAGCCACCCGUAUCUCCAGGUGGUCAACCAAGAGAAGCUUUCGCUGGCAUCGGUGCUGGAGGUGGUAGAAGUCCAAGUCCACAACCACCGGUUUUCAGAUCACCUAGUCCAAGUCCACAAAUGACUCAAGGUUCGCUAGGUCCACAGAACUUGGGAAUAUCAUUGGAUGCUAAGGGUGGUGUAGCACAAGACACCAUGGCUGAAACAUACAGAAGACAAUUUGAGCAACAACAACAACAGCAGCAACGACAACAAUCUCAACAACAAAAAGGUCCACCACCUCAACAAAUGGCAAGCUAUCCAGGACAAAGGAAUAGUCAAUACAACGCUCAACAACCUCAACAGUAUGGUUCACAAGGAUAUGGAUCAGAUCAAAGGGGAUCAACGUAUGGUGCACCACCUAAAUCACCUAUGGGCAAUCAACAAGAUCAAAGAUCAUCGUAUUACGGUGCACCAAAAUCACCAAUUUCAGCUCAAGGUGCUCAACCUCCUUUAGUCGGUAAUAGACCUACAUCUGGAUAUGGUCAUUCUCCACAGCCAAAUCCUCAGCAACCAUUCAAUGCAAAUCCACCAUCAACAUUUGCUGGACAGGGACCACCCCAACCUCAAUACAACGCCUAUCCCUCACAACAGCAACCGGGUCAAUAUCCUUCUUCAGGUUAUAAUCAGCCACCUCAACCUGCAUACAACCAACACCCAUCGCCCACACCACAGUCCCAAUAUCCCGCAAGCAAUGGCUAUCCCUCACAACAACAACAACAACAGCAAUCAUAUAGCGGACCUAACGUGAACCAGUAUGCUCGAUCAGCGAGCCCAGCUCCAGCCCAACAACCACAACAAUACGGUUACAGAGGUCCAUCACCUCAACCUUACAACGGAGGUCCUGGUCCAGGUGGAAGAGCAGGUCAAACUCCAAGUCCGCAACCUAACCAACCUCCUAAUAACACCGCUCCGACUGGUCAAUGGAGUACCACUGGAUUACCUGUGCUUUUCUACGUCAAAGCAUUGUACGAUUACUCGGCUUUGUCUUCUGCUGAGUUCGAUUUCCAAGCUGGAGAUAUCAUAGCGGUCACAUCUACACCAGAAGAUGGAUGGUGGUCCGGUGAACUAUUAGAUGAAGCAAGGAGGAUACCAGGAAGAACUGAUUUCCCAAGUAAUUUGUGA